AAAACAAGACAAGCUGCGACUGGUGAGUGCUCAAACACAGCCAUCUGCAUAUCAAAUCAUGACAUCAUGAUAGCGGCUAGGAGUCGUUUUAAGACACGCACCAUGAUGGAUGAGCUGGUGCAGGACCUGGUGUCGGCUCUGGAGCAGACCUCAGAGCAAAGCAAGCUGGGAGAGCUGUGGCAGGAAAUGGUCCUGAGUCCGCUGCACCAGCGCCGGCAGAUCCGUCGCAGCAGAGGCCACAGGCGCUACCGUCAAUCUUCCCUCUAUCCGCUGCAGCACAGACGCUGCUGGAUCGAGGCCUCGGAGUCCAGCUUAGACGAAACUAAAGGACACAGAGAGAAGUCUUCCUCCUCCAUCGCCGCCUCUGUGGCCAACUGCAGUGACUCUGACGACGUGACCCCCACCAACCGAUGGCGCUCCGUAAUGAGAGGCCCGGUCAGGAAUAGGCAGCCUUCCUGGCCAGAGUCCGACUCCUUCACAGAGAAUAAUCCAGGACGGCAGCUCAAGAGGAGGAGGAAGGUCAAACGUAUGACCUCAGACGUCACGGUUAGGUUGCAGCAGAAGUUAAAGGUUUCCAGUGUAGAUGGGAAAAGAAGACAGAAGCCGUCCAGGAUGCAACAUCUGGCGGGAUCCAAGAAAAGGUCUGGAGGUUGGGUGGCAGCAGACCGACCGACUGAAGGAGCCCGGCUGAUGGGGAAGGAGUGCUGGAAGAGGAAGAUGGCCAAGGAACACAGAGAUGCUGCAGAUGAGAACAUGUCUGAAGGGGAAACCAGCAGCACAUGCAGCAGUGACCCUGGCCUGUUCACCAAUGAUGAGGGAAGACAAGGCGAUGACGAGCAGAGCGACUGGUUCUUCGAGGGGGACUGCGGGGUCGGGACCAGUGUAGCCGGCCUGCUGCCCGGCUGGGACUCAGACGGCCAGCUGGACAACCGGCCCCCCCCCACCUUCCUGCAACCUGCAAGGCCCCCUCAGAGAGGGUAUCGGUAUCACUCACGCCUGAAGCGAGUGCCUGGCUCUGCCGCCUGCUGCAUGAGGAGGGACAGGAGGAGGCUCCCCAGCAAGAGCCAGGGCAUGCCAGUGUUUGUAGAGAGGCUGAGACAGUACUCCCAAGAUCCUUACCAGAGAGACUUUUGGCGGCCUCCUGUUGGAAAGCGAGACAGAAGCCAGGCAGACUGAGGUCUCCUGUGCACACCACCCCGCAGUGACAUCAGGAGGAGAACAGAAGCGGUGUCCGUCACAACAUCAGCAAGCAACCCAUUUCACAAGGAUCACCGGAGAGAAGACGCACAGGGAGCCAGUAACACCUCAACCCUAGUGGGACCAAGAGCACCAGGUUCAGAGUUUAUCUCCCCCCCCGAGGGACCACCAGAAACCUGCACGGACAAGCACACUGAAGUGACAAAUGAAAAGAUAUUGUGCCAGAGAAUGAAAAGGCCUCUCUUGCUGCACAAACUAUAUAACAAAGGAAAAAAUA